GCGUGUGCCGCGUUCCGAGGCCUGGGCUGGGCGUGUGUCUGCCACUGCAGUCACUUGUCUGUGCUCUGUCCCAGGUGCUGUGCCCGGCGGCUCUGCAGGACGGCGGCAUGGAGUCCCUCUUCCCCGCCCCGUUCUGGGAGGUUCUCUACGGUGGCCACCUUCAGGACAACCUGUCCCUCCUGACCCCCAACCACAGCCUGCUGCCGCCCCAUCUGCUGCUCAACACCAGCCACGGUGCCUUCCUGCCCCUCGGGCUCAAGGUCACCAUCGUGGGGCUGUACCUGGCCGUGUGUGUGGGGGGGCUGCUGGGGAACUGCCUCGUCAUGUAUGUCAUCCUCAGGCACACCAAGAUGAAGACGGCCACCAACAUCUACAUCUUCAACCUGGCCCUGGCGGAUACCCUGGUCUUGCUGACACUGCCUUUCCAGGGCACAGACAUCCUCCUGGGCUUCUGGCCAUUUGGGAACGCCCUGUGCAAGGCGGUCAUUGCCAUCGACUACUACAACAUGUUCACCAGCACCUUCACGCUGACCGCCAUGAGCGUGGACCGCUACGUAGCCAUCUGCCACCCCAUCCGUGCCCUUGACGUCCGAACGUCCAGCAAAGCCCAGGCUGUGAACGUGGCCAUCUGGGCCCUGGCCUCCGUGGUCGGUGUUCCUGUCGCCAUCAUGGGCUCGGCACAGGUCGAGGAUGAAGAGAUCGAGUGCCUGGUGGAGAUUCCCACCCCACAGGACUACUGGGGCCCCGUGUUUGCCAUCUGCAUCUUCCUCUUCUCCUUCAUCAUCCCCGUGCUCAUCAUCUCCGUCUGCUACAGCCUCAUGAUCCGCCGGCUCCGUGGCGUGCGCCUGCUCUCGGGCUCCCGGGAGAAGGACAGGAAUCUGCGGCGCAUCACCCGGCUGGUGCUGGUGGUGGUGGCCGUGUUCGUGGGCUGCUGGACGCCCGUGCAGGUCUUCGUGCUGGUCCAGGGCCUGGGUGUCCAGCCGGGCAGCGAGACUGCCGUGGCCGUUCUGCGCUUCUGCACAGCCCUGGGCUACGUCAACAGCUGCCUCAACCCUGUCCUCUACGCCUUCCUGGACGAGAACUUCAAGGCCUGCUUCCGAAAGUUCUGCUGCGCAUCUGCCCUGCGCCGGGAGACGCAGGUGUCUGACCGCGUGCGCAGCAUCGCCAAGGACGUGGCCCUGGCCUGCAAGACCUCCGAGACAGUUCCGCGGCCCGCAUGACUAGGCGUGGACCUGCCCAUGGUGCCUGUCAGCCCGCAGAGCCCGUCCACGCCCAACACGGAGCUCACGCAGGUCACUGCCCUCUAGGCUGACACAACCUGAGCCUCAGAUGAGCUUUCCCUUUGGCCCAGGGACACUCGGUCCCAG